AGGGACCGCAAAGUGCUGGGUGACUACAGCGGGGCGCUGAGCUACGGCUCCACCGCCAAGUACCUGAACAUCACCGCCCUGCUGCUCAACAUCUUCUUCGUCAUCCUCAUCAUCGCCCUCCUCGCCAGCGGCACCAUCGUCAUGACCAAACUCUUCAACUACCAGCAGGACCAGCACACCUACCUCGGACCCACCUAG